AUGCUUGCCGGCCUGCAGUCCAUUCGCGUCGCGGACCAGAUUAGGCGGGCUCUGGCACUGGAGAACGAGGAGCUGAUGGACAAGGUGGUGCUCCAGGCCCUGCGCGGAGUCCGCGACGGUCGGGGCGAGGACGCUGACUUCGUCGCCUUCCUGAUGUCGUGCGAGGAUGCAUGCGUCCAGGCCGCCUGCCUGCGCACCAAGCUCCUGCUGCGCGUCGUCAGGUUGCUGGACUCCGCGGGGCACAAUGCCCUCCGCGCACUGCGCACGCUGAGCCCCGACCAGCUCCGCAAGUUCUCCCUGUUUGACGGCCCCGCGCUCCUCUCCCAGGGCCUCGCCGAGGGCACCCUGGACCCGGCGAGCGCCGUGCCGGUGCUGGCCGCGGCCUGCCGCGCGCAGCCAGACUGCCUGACCCAGCUGGCCAGCGCGCCGCGCGCCAGGGCGCUGGCCGGCCUGGUGGGCGAGACCGCUGUGCCCGCCGGCACCCAGGCCGCGGCCGCGGCCCUGCUGGCGGACCUGGCCUUCCGCCCCGAAGCCUCGCCCGCCUGCCUGGAGCUGCUGAUCAACGAGGCGCUGCCGCGGGCCUGCGAGGCACGACACCUGCUCAGGGCGGCGGGGGAGUUUGCGAGGGAGCCGUGA